ACAGGGCCAAAGUGAGUCAAUUUAGUUUAGCAGCGAAAUUUCAACCAACAAGUUUCACAUUUGGCGUAAACACGUACAUAAAAAGUUAUCAUGAAAUAUUUUUGCGUUUUCUUUAUUGUACUUUUGGGUCUUUUGGCUGUGAUGGCCCAUCACGGCGAAGACGAAGCUAGCGGAGAUGGCUGCAUGUGUACUCGGAUAUAUGAACCAGUUUGCGGUACCGAUGGCCACACUUAUCCCAAUCCCUGCGAACUUUUGUGUGUACAACGAAAAAUGCAUCGUAACGGUGAACAUAUCGAUUUGGCUCAUGACGGUCAAUGUUAAUGAAAACAAAUGAGAAUUGAAAAGUUUCGCGAGAAAGUCUUUGUAAAAGGCAAAGUGAAGAUUAUUGUGUAAACUAAAUAAAAAGCGUCGCAAUAAACUAAAAAAAAAAAAAAAAAAAAA